UGGGAAAUAAAGCCCUGCUUAGUCUGCGUUAGCUUGUCUCUGGCAGCUGAGGCCUUUGGGCUCACCAGAGGCCUAGCUGUAUGCUAAUGCUAAUAUUUUACCGCCACCCCGUCAGUUCAUCCAUGGAAAUCCUCAAUGGUUUUGCUGUUGUUGUUUUUCCCCCCAAUAACACAUAUUUGAAUUUCAAAUUCUCUUCAGACUAAUUAUGAGGCCAACUAAACAAAUAACUGUUUUUGCUGUUACUGCUGUAGUAGUAAAUUAUUAUAUAAUGCAGUGUUGUUGUUGUUUUUUUACCCAACUAUUUGUAAUAAUUAAAUAAAACCUUCCGAGAGGUUUUUUGCUUUUUUGGGGGGGAGAGGGGGUUAUUGAUUUGUAAAAGUAAAGCAACUGGUGCUUUUCCUAUUAUCAAAAGUUUCAGAAUAAAUACUUUUGCUUUUUAAAAAAACAGAAUGAAGAAAAAAUCAAAUUGCGUUGACUAAAUAUCUAGAUAUUUAUGUAUAAUAAUAGUCAAUGUUUUGAGCUGUGACAGCUACCUGCAGCAGCUCUACAUACAAAAGUGUAUAAAUCCCCUUCGGAGAGGUGAACAAAUAAAAUGCAUUAGUGAUUAAACAGAUAUUCUUUCCUAAAGGUCACAGUUAGAUAAAUGUAAUGGAAAUAAUAAAACUGGAUUACUUUGCAGAAAUCCGUUAUCAACCAGUUUUCCCGGCAGCAAGGAGGAAAAGGGCUUGUUGAUUCUCUGAUUUUUGUAUUCUUUGCACAACACGUCUGUAUUUUCUUCCAGUGACUCUCCCUUGCCUGUGACUUCCCGUGUCUGUUUUGUAAAAUUCAAUGAGCCUGAGUCUGUCGGAGUGUCCCAGCAUCUGACGAACACCGUCUUCGUGGACAGGGCCUUGAUCGUGGUUCCUUUUGCUGAAGCGAAGCAGCCGGCGCGAGUCGCUUGUUCAUAAUGAAAUUUGAGAGCACAUCCCGCGGGACAACUGGCUGUGCUUGCUAACGUUUGGUUCAUGACUUAAAAAACAAGUGCAGGAGUCAUUCCUGACGAAUCUAAAGCGAUGUCACUUCUGGCUCCAGCCAACGCUGUAGCAGGAAUGAUGCCAGGAGGAGGUCUUCUUCCAACACCCAAUCCUCUGGCCUCGCUAGGAGCAAGCCCGUUCGGAGGUCUUGGGGCUCCCAGCAUGGACCAAAUCGCUGCUAUGGGAAUUGCGGGGCCCAACAUGAGUCCCCAAGCUUUUUCUGCAGACUUCCUCAAGCUUAUGCAGUCUAUUGACCCAAAACUGAACCCGCUGGCAGCCGGAUUAAACCUGGCCCCGGGUCUGAAGCCAGAUUCCUCCAACAAGGAGAUCGAAGAGGCGAUGAAGAGAGUCCGAGAGGCCCAGUCUCUGAUUUCUGCUGCCAUCGAACCUGGAAGUAAGAAAGAUGACAAGCGCAAACAUUCCCGAUCUCCUUCAAGGUCACGCCGCAAACGCUCGAGGUCCCGGUCAAAACACAGACGUUCAGACAGCAGAUCUAGGCGAAGUUCCCAUUCAAGGAGUCGGCGGCGAUCCAAGAGUCCGAGGAGGAGGAGAACUCGCUCUCGGGACAGAAGCCGUCGCAGCAGAUCCAGGGACAAGAGAAAAGAAGAAAAAUCCAAGAAAAAAUCCAAGACGCCUCCUAAAAGCUACAGCAGUGCCAGGAGGUCUCGCAGCAUCAGUCGGAGGCGCAGGCGAAGUCGCACUGCUUCCCGGUCCCCAAGGAAACGACCUUCCCCGUCUCCGUCCUCCGGCCGCCACAAGAAGGAAAAGAAGAAGGACAAGGACCGCGAGAAGAACCGCGACAGGGAAAGGAGGGAAGAGCGGAACCACACCAGAGACGAACGAGAACGGUCCACCAGCAAGAAAAAGAAAAACAAAGACAAGGAACGAGACCGGGACCGCAAAUCCGACAGCGAGAAAGGAGACGUAAAAGUUACACGGGAUUACGAUGAAGAGGAGCAAGGCUACGACAGCGACAAAGUAGGGGAGGAGGAAGACGAGAGGAGGAGCGAAUCGGAUUCUGUGUCAUCUCCCAAAGAUCAGGAGGACGUGGAGCGAGAUGAGCGUCAAUCGUCCAAAAGGUCCAAACUAAAUGGAGACGAUCGCCAUCAGGAGGACAUGGAGAUGAGCGACUAAGAACUUUCUGUGCCACCAUCUACUGAAUUCUUUUGAUAUUCCUAAUCUGGGCCUCAUUAUAUCUGUGCCUGAUCACUGUUAGCAGGUUUUUACCAUAACAGCAAAAUCUUUGGACAGAGGGCCUAGAUCUGAUGAAAUGUGGCUUUUAAACUAUGAUUUAUGCCAUUUGUUUGGAGAUCAUGUUUUUAAUGCUGUGUAGUUUUUCCCGGAAACUGAACAUUGAACAUUUUCAGUAGGAUUUUUUUUCCCCACCUCACUUGUCUUGACUUAAAAAUCUUUUCCUUGUUGUCAUUUAUCAACCAGCACCAUGUUUCUUUAAACUGUGGCAAAGUUAAGAUGAACUUUAAUGCACUGUCAUGAAGCUGUUAACCAGAAAUAUAGAUGUGUGUAAACUGGCUCCAAAACAUUGUUUAACAAUUACAAAACAAAGUGGCUUCAACUCCACUUGAGGCAGAGCAGUAAUAAUUGAUUUAAUAAUCUAAAAACAUUUUUGCAGUUAAAAUGAAUCUAUUAUGUUGUUUCUGAAAGUGUACUUUUGAAUUACUGUAGCUGACUAACACAAUUUAGCUUUUGCUGCAGCAUAUUGUCCACUGUUUCUACUUUGUAGUAUGUUCUAUGUUGGGAUUUCUGCUGUACAGUUGAUAUAAAUUCUCAGAAAAGAAUUUGGGUUUGCAGCAGCUGAAGUCAGGAUGAAAUGUCUGUUAAAUAUACAUGUUGAAUCAGGUCAAGAGGCACAAACACACUGGCAAAACUUUACUGUACAAAGGAAUGCCAUGGAACAAUGAAAACUGGGUUUUAAAUAAAAGCACUGUCUAAAUAA